AUGAGUUGCCUCUGCAGAUUGAAAGAAUGGAACCUUGCUUGGACAGACCUGCGCUUUGCAGACAUGGAAGUAUUUCUACCAUGCCUUCCUCACUCGCUCAGAAGGUUCAAUAUUAGUGGUCAUAGAAAUGCAUUAGCUUAUGAAGGUGUUGCUGAUAUCACUAAACGGUGUCCUAACUUAAUUGAGCUUGAUAUCAGUGAUUCUCCUAUGUUGAGUGAAGCAGCACUAAAUAUCAUAGUCAAAAACUGUCUAAAGCUGGAACACUUGCAUACUAGUCGAUCCUAUAACAUCCCUACCAUGAGUUACAGAAUUUUGAAGGAACUGAAGAACUUCAAAAAGCUGGAAAUAUUUCGCACUCUGAUGGAAGAUGCCCUUGCUGACCUGCGUAGUUUCCUGCCAGAUGUGAAGAUUAACCAGUGCAUAUUUUCUACUGUCGCUCGACCUACCACGGGAAUACGAAGGACAAGUAUUUGGGGCCUUCGAGUCAGAGACUGA